UGUUGGCAUGGUGCAGGAGUUGAUAGGGUCAAGGUAGUGGAAUGUAGUCUUGGGGUUUUAAUGAGUCUAGGAUUAGUUUGAAGGAUGUUUUUUUAAUUUAUUUUUUUACAAAGUAUCAUGUAUUUAUAUUAUAGUCCAGUUGGAGGCGGUAAUGCAGCAUAUCGGAAGCCACCCGCCGUUACACUCAGAAGAAGAAGAAGAAGAUGGUGGUGUAUCUUGGCAAAUGAGAAAAUGCUCACUGACAGGGAUGUAAACGAAUGUGUGCAAAACAUUUUAGAGAAAUUAGCUUUUUGUGCGUAUGGAACAUUUCUUGGAUAUUUUGUUUCAGCUCAAACAUGGGACUAACACUGUUACGUUUAUGUUUUUGUUGAAUGUUUUAAGCGUUAUUGGACUGUUUUGAAUCGUGUAUUUCGCUAUUGUUGCGUGUCAUGUGUAUUAAAACGUUGUCGCUUGAGUCUACUUCCGGUGCAUUUUUUCGGGUCUGUUUGGACGUGUGCUACUAGCAGAAAAAUGGCCUCCGACAAGCAAAAUGAAGGGAAAAUUGUACCUAUGGACGAGAAUAAAGAAAAUGCAGCGGAAGAUGGAAUAGGACUGGAGAUUCUCCAGAUCAUCAAGGAUUCCCAGCAACAACAUGGUUUGCGACACGGGGAUUAUCAAAGAUACAGGGGAUACUGCUCCCGGCGCUUGCGUCGUCUGCGCAAGACCCUGGGCUUCAAGUGCGGCAACAGGCACAAGUUCACUGGGAAGAAAGUGACUGUCGAGAUGCUUUCUGACAACCGGUACUCUGACAACAGGUAUCUACUGCUGGUACUGAUGGAGGCUGAGAGGGCGUGGAGCUAUGCCAUGCAGCUGAAGCAGGAGGCCAACACAGAGCCCCGCAAGCGCUUCCACCUGCUGUCCCGCCUGCGGAAGGCCGCCAAACAUGGAGAGAGGCUGGAGAAGCUGUGUGAGAGCCCUCGUGUGGAUGCCAAGACCAAACUGGAAGCACAGGCCUACACCUCCUACCUGAGUGGCAUGGUGCGCUUUGAGCUGCAGGAGUGGAAGGCUGCCACGGAGGCCUUCAACAAGUGCAAGACAAUCUAUGAGAAGCUGGCCAGUGCCUUUACUGAGGAGCUGGCAGUGCUGUAUCACCAGCGUGUGGAGGAGAUCUCACCUAACAUCCGCUACUGUGCUUACAACAUCGGUGACCAGAACGCCAUGAAUGAGCUGAUGCAGAUGAGGCUCAGUGCAGGAGGAGGAGGAGGCAUGAUGGCUGAGAAACUAGAGGCCCUGAUCACACAGACGAGAGCCAAGCAGGCAGCCACCAUGAGCGAGGUGGAGUGGCGAGGCCGAACGGUGCCCGUCAAGAUCGACAAGGCCCGCAUCUUCCUGCUGGGCCUGGGAGACAACGAGGCCGCCAUCGCCCAGGCAGCCAAUGAGGAGACCAAGGAACGUCUGUACGAGACCCUACUAGCCGAGUGCAGAGACACCAUCCAGGCUGUGAGAGAGGAGCUGAAGACUGAAGCGAAGCAGCGAGAGAGAUCUGAUGAAGCCAGUGGCAAGGUGUCCAACCUUCAGUUCCUGCACAGCUACCUGACCUACAUCAAGCUGUGGACGGUGGUGAAGAGGAACGAGAGCAUGGCCCACAUGCUGCAGGCCAAGCUGAAGGAGCCACAGACGGAUGAGAACAAACGGGGCCCUCGCCCCCAGGACCUCAUCCGCCUGUACGACAUCAUCCUCCAGAGUCUGGCUGAGCUGUCCACCCUGCAGGGGCUGGAGGAAGAUCACACUUUCCAGAAGGAGGUGGCCCUCAAAAUGCUGGUCUACAAGGCCUACAGGUGUUUCUUCAUAGCCCAGUCGUACGUGCUGGUGAAGAAGUGGAGCGAGGCUCUGGUCCUGUAUGAGCGGGUCCUGAAGUACGCCAAGGAGGUCCAGUCCAAGGCUAAGAGCCUCAACAACAGCCUCAAGGAUCUGCCUGAUGUGCAGGAGCUGAUCACAGAGGUCAACGCUGAGAAAUACUCGCUUCAGGCGGCGGCCAUCUUAGACACGGAGGAUGCUCCUGAAGCACCCUCUCAGCAGAAGGUGAAAGACAACACGCCUCUGUGUGAACGUCUGGAUACCUUCCACCUGGACCCCACCCUGGUGGGGAAGCAGCCCAACCUGGUCCAGUUCCCCCCUGACUUCCAGCCCAUCCCCUGUAAGCCCCUCUUCUUUGACCUGGCUCUCAACCACGUGGCCUUCCCACCCCUCGACGACAAGGUGGAGCAGAAGGGCAAGGGCGGCCUGACCGGCUACAUCAAGGGCAUCUUCGGCUUCGGCAGCUAAAUCGAGUCCCAGGCUUCGGUGAGGCCUUCAGGUUGGAAGCAGCCAUGGGCCCCCAUGAUAUUGAUAAACGGGCUGAGUGGGUUUCUAGAAAACUUUCUCCACCUGAACUGUGGAAAUAAUGUCUGUGUCUGGAAAUGGUACCCUGUUCCCUUGUGUAGUAGACAACUUGAUCAAAAGUAGUGCACUGCAAAGGGUAUAGAGCGCCAUUUUGAAAGCUACCAGUUUGAGACUUCCAUGUUCUAGAGGUUUCCAGGCCUUGUGUUUGUUCCCUUCAACAACCCCCAACACACUUUACUUUUUUUUUUUUUACUCUUAAAAGCGCCUUCAUGUACUCAGUCUCAAUGUCAGUAUACAGGAGGGAGGGAGAGGAAGUGUUGUAUCAAUCACUAUCAAAAAGGACAAACUGUAUAAAUGCAGGCACACAGGGUAAAUCCACGUCCAAGCCGUGAUGUCUCAUAACAUGUUCAUUUCUGAUCGUGGUCAUACUGUCUAAAUUCUGUCACCUCUGUAUUGCCUCAACUGUCUUAUGACUGUAAUAUCUAGAUUGUGAGACAAGUUCUCAAUAUAGAGAAUAGUAUAUCCGCCUGUCUUGUCCUGCACGCCGUUGUGGCACCAAUACAUCUCUGCAUGGUUGACAGUUGGCGACUAGACCUCAGGAUUGAAAUGGUCCUGUUAAUUUCCUUAUACAACAAUGGGGUUCAGUGGCCAAUAACUUUAUAUUCGGUCCAGGAAAGGACUCUAUAACGUGUUUAUAUUCUCUAAUGACAUGACUUUUUAAAACAUUUUAUGUAAGUUCUGUGUGUGACAAAAGACCGAAUUCCUUUGAGGUCAAAGGGGACUGCUUAGGAUUCAGUUUGGCCUCACCCCCCGAAAGUCUAGGAGGCAGCGUUCAUUAACUUCUGUCCAAAGCAACCCUAGUAUGUCUAGAAAUAUUAUUUUAGUACACACUACUUCAUUGUAUCAGUUGGCUCCUAUUCCAACAGGUUUUAAAUGGGAGGGAGCGGCACCCUUUUUGAGUGGCUAACACCUCUUCAGCUUUUCCAGUACCAAAGCCAGUUCUGUAAUCAAGAGCCUUUAGCUAUUCAAUGGACCUCCUAUUUGCAUUUGCCUAUGAUGACAAACCGUGUUCUACAGGUUGUCAAUUUACCUUCUGUCCUCUCUUCAAUCUAACUCUUUGUUUUCUCUUUAAUUCAGGGUUAUAUAAGUCUUAUACUUUUUUAUUUCAAUUCAUUUGUUUAGUUUCCCAAUGUUGUCAUGUAUUAAUAAACAGGAUUUGGGUGUUGGAAUGGUUUCACGCAUCAUCACCCAAGAUGCCUGAAAAAUGAAUUCUCUAAACAUGAUUAGAAACUAAAGUGGAGUUACUGAAAGAGAAAAUUGUGAAAUGGAUGAUGAAAUGGAUCGUUUUCUGGCUUCUAAUUAAAAAAACGAGACAUUUGCGGCAAACAUGA